AUGAGGCUUCUACACUCUACAUUCCUACUAUCCGGGCUAUUGGCGGUCAAUGGCGCCGCCGUCGCUCUCCCGCACGAGGGGGGUAUCGAUGCACGGUCCUACUGCUCCCCGCAGUACCGCAACACGCCCCAGAUAUUCGAGUUCGACAGCAUCUCCGUCUGCUUCCGCGGCUGCCUCCCCUUCAAGAUCCUCAACUUCGGCUCCCCGCGCGGUCUCGGCCGCAUCUUCUACGGCGACACCACGGCCGCCGAGCCGCUCACAAAGCCUAUUCUCUUUGAGAAUCAAUACAAGUGGGGGGUCGUUAAUUGCGAGACUGCUGAUGCUCCGCUGAAUGGAGGAUGCGGGAACUCCACAAAAGCGCUAUACAAUGCCGGCGGGACGGAGUCGAGGCGGCCGAGGAUUGGUACGACGGCGUACCCGGGGACGUAUGCGGUGUUUGCGUUGAAGAGCUUCAAGGUGUGGACGCCGGAUGCGGUGGCGAACUGUCAGCAGAAGGGGUGCGAGGUGAAUUUGGUGGGGAUCAAGACGAACGGGCAGAAGGUGUCUUACAAACAGAAGCUUGUGGUGGAUGGUAGCAGAACGGAUGUGACGGGGCUCACUGCAAAGGGCUUCUCAGAGCUCACAGCUCUCGAUGUCUGGGUGACGUCUAAGAAGGCCAACAAUGAUACCGGACUACCCUUCACGAUUGAUAGCUUUGCGUUUGACCAGAUGGUCGAUUCCGCUGCCUGCCCUAGUCCCACAACGUCGACGACCACAGGCAUCAAGGGUCCCUGCACACCGCGCCCAACCGCAACAUCGACUUUCACUGUAGAUCUUGACGACUUUGUCUUCCAAACAACGACAUUCGUAGGUCCCCCAGAGGUCCCUACCACGACAGGACUAUAUGCCCCGACCCCGAUCCCAGAUACCAAGCCCUACAAGUCCCUCUACUGGGACACCGCCUUCGCCGUCUCAACAAAAAACUCUGGGUCGACGGAGCUGCACCCAGAGCUUGCGGGCGUCACGAUCCCGUCCGGCGGGAACUUUUUGUUUAUUAGAGGCACCGGUGGACCCAAAGCGCUGAUAAAGGCGAAUUCGUACGCGGAGAGGUUUGGUGUCAAGAGCUUGUGGGUGUUGUGUGGCUUCCCGACGGAUGGAGAUAAUCUCGGGAAGAAGUGUGUUGUUACGUUUUAUGGGUUCAGGGAUCCGUAUGAUGGGGCGGGACUCCCAGAGCAGGUCAAGGCUACUGUGGAAAUUGAUGUACCGGGAGCUGGAGGGAAUAAGUUUGUACACAUUGAUCUUUCGACCAUCACGACUCUUCCUGGUGCCUUUAGAAGGCUAUCGUACUUCUUCAUGACAGCCGCAGUAGGAAACGAUAACUUCAGACCAUACUUCCUCGACAGCAUCGUCUUCACCCGCGAACUCGGCGAGGGCACCAGCUGCCGCGUCCGUGGUAGUGAAGUCAUCAACUUUGACCGUUACACCGUGACCACAGCGCCAAUCCCCUUCCCAUCAAGCGACAAAUUCAUCCUCUCUCCCAACUGGAGCAUUACUGGCCGCUCGCUAUACGCCGCCAAUUCACCAGGCUGGAUUGCCUCAACGUCGCCCAACAACGCCGCCUACGCUCUCGGGUCUGGAAGUGUAGAUACAUAUGUUGGCCCCGCGCCGCCUAUCCCGUUGGUGGAUGUUGAGUCAUUUGAUAUAACCUUGGACGCCACAGAAGCGCAGCUUGCACGGGUAGUGGUCGAGCUUAGUUUCACAGACUCAUGCGGACAGUCGUUUGGCACGAACGUGGCAGGAUUUUAUAGCCGGAGGUUCACGCCAGGGACUCAACAGUAUUCAUUUGCGGCGCCGAUCAAGGCGGUGAGUGCGGUGUCAAUUUCGGCCUAUGAUGUUGGCGAGAGCGGGUUCGAUAGGACCGAUGUAGGGUUCUGGGUGGAUAACGUGACGGGGCGGAAGAGCAAUGAGAAUUUGAGAGGGUGUAUAAACUGUGGAGUGAGAGGGCUCCAGUGGUGUGAAUUCAACGGAUUGGUCAGAGUUAGUGAGACGCCGUAA